CUCUACUAACUCCAAUAAUAAUAGAGUAUACUUGAUAUGGGUUGAGGUCGAGGAGAAACUCACUUAAAUUUUUUUUUUAAAAAAAAGACCAAUUAGGCAUGAGGUAAAAGUAAGAGUGAUACCAUUUUUUUUUUAUUUAUUUUUUCAAUAAUAAAAAAAGUCCUAUUACUUUUGGUAGAAUAAAUUAAAUAUAAUAAAUUAAAAUCAAUUCUUAUAAUUCCAUUAUUAUUAGGCAGUGACUUUCGAUUUCUUGUUUUGACUGUUGUAAUGGUUUUUUCAUAUAAAAGGAAAACUAAACGACAGACCAUAUGAUUCCCAUAUCCCCCCAUAUACUCUCUCUUCCCUUUUCUCCAGUAUAUCUACGCAUGCACAAACUUCGCGCGCGCUUCUCUCCUCCGCCAUUGUCGUCUUCUGCAAAACCUUCCUUUCAAAAACAUCAAAGAACCCUCUUUUUUUCAUCUACUCUCAUUGGGUUGGGUUUGCUCUCUUCUGUCUCUUGUCAAUUUGGAUUUUUAUGUUCUGUUACUCUUUUGUUACGCUGAUUUUGGUUUUUUUUUUCUGGGUUUUGAUCGAUUGGCAGAAAGUUUUAAUCUUGGUCGAAUAUGGAUUACUCUAAUCCCGUUUGUAGAAGAACAAGGUCGAAAACAGAAGAGUUCUUCAGAAGCUUGUCAAAGCCGAGGAGAAGGGAAACGACGCCCACUGAAGUACAGAUUAAAGUUGAGAAUGAAGAUUUUGGUAAUGAUUCUGUGGCUGUCUUUGUUGAUAAAGAGAAUAACUUGGGAUUUGGAUUUGAAUCGAGAAAGGUUGGUUCUCAGUCUCAGUCUCAGUCUCAGGCUAAUAAUUCUAUGGGGAUGAAUGGAACUAGAGAUAACCCUUUAUGCAUUGAUGAAGACGAUGAAGAUGAGGACUUAAUGAACAACAUUGAUGAAGAUAAAUGUAGCAGUGACAGUGAGUUUUUGCUUUCAUCUGAGGACUUUGAUCACGAUGAUGAUGACAGUGAGGACAGUUCGGACUGCUCGUACGACAUUUAUGAGGAUAGAGAAGAGCGGCAUUGUCGUAAAAGGAGGGAUUUUGAGAUGAACGGUGAGGGUGGAGAAUCGUGUUCUGGUGUUUGGAGAAAGAGUGGGUCAGGGAAAACAAAUGGUGGGUUUUUUAGGAAAAGAUAUGGUGAGUUUACAGGUGUGAGGGAAAGUAGUGAUCGGUUUGGUGGUGGUGAAUUCAGUGGGAGAAAAGAGAAAGGGCCAAGUCCAGAGAUUUGGGUUAAUGGGGGUGUAGAUGAUGAGGGGAAUGUGGGUGAACCUGCUCAUAAGAGAUUUUCUCAAGCUAAAAGAGCUAGGUUGGUUUCACACUCAAAAUCAAAUCGUGUAAUAGUCAAGGAUGGAGAUGGAACUGCAAGUCAACCUUUUUGCAUUGACCAGGAUAAUGAUGAUGGUGGUGUUGGUGCUGGUGAACUUGAAUUUGAACUUGAAGAAGGAAAUCAAGAACCAGAACUUUUUACUGAUGAACUGUUUACUGACCAGAUAGAGAAGGUGGUGAGGAAGAGAUUAAAAUCUGACAAGACUAGAGAAAAGAAGCUCGAUGUGAAGCUUGACGUGGCUAGGAUUCUUUUGGACUCCAUUACAGAAGGAACGGCUUUACAAGAUCCUAAUGAGAUUAAGACUCAAGAAAAUGAUAAUCUGAGGCUAAAUGAAGAAAGGAUUUGUAGGAAGUUCUUCUUUGGAGAGGAGACUAAGCAAGUAGAGAAGUCAGCUGAGGAGCUUGAGUUGGAGAAACUUUGGGAUGAAAUGAACCUGGCUGUAGCUGCUGGUGAGAUUGGUUCAUUGCCUGUUGAUGAUAUGGUUGAAGAUGAAGAUGAAGAUGUUCUUUCGAGUGAAAGGGAUGUGGAAUCCCUUUGUAAUCACGGCAGACAUCAGCUGAUUUAUGAUGAGCAAAUUGGAUAUGUAUGCUCUCGCUGUUUGCAUGUCCAAGUGGAGAUCCAGCAUAUUAUGCCACCUUUUGAAAGAAAUCCAUGGGGACAAUCUGAAUUUAGAGACCUUGGCUUCAAAAACAGCUCUGUCUUUGAUAAACUCGGGGAGCAAGAUUAUAAUUGUGGUUCACUCUCUGGCAAUGGCUUCCCUGAACAUGCUGAUACAGUUUGGGAUUUCAUUCCUGGUAUCAAAGAUACCAUGUAUCCGCAUCAGCAAGAAGGCUUUGAGUUUAUUUGGACAAAAAUAGCUGGUGGAAUUCGCGCUGAUGAUCUUAAAGGGAGGAACAUGGAGAGCUCCAGUGAGGAAGGUUGCAUAAUAUCACAUGCUCCUGGAACUGGAAAAACCCGCCUCACCAUUGUCUUCUUGCAGUCGUAUUUGAAACUGUACCCCAUGUGCUUCCCAGUCAUUAUAGCUCCUUGCAGCAUGCUCCUUACCUGGGAAGAAGAGUUUCGGAAGUGGAAGGUUGAUAUACCAUUUCACAAUUAUAACUCAACAGAUUUAUCAGGUAAAGAAGAUGAGGUAGCUGCUCGGUUACUACUGAGAGGGGGUGUUCGCCAUGACCCUGAGGCUGUUCGGGCAGUGAAAUUGAGAUCUUGGGCAAAGGGUGGUGCCAUAUUAGGCAUCACUUACAGUCUCUUUGCACAACGUGUUAGAAGAGCAAAUGACGACAAGGCUAAGCAGUCUGCCAAAAUCCUUGUUGACAGACCUAAUCUAGUGGUGCUCGAUGAGGGACACACUCCCCGAAAUGAUCAAACCCGCAUGUGGAAAGCAUUGUCGCGCCUUAAAACAAGGAAGCGCAUUGUUCUUUCGGGAACUGUUUUCCAAAACAACCUAAGCGAACUGUAUAACACGUUCUGCCUGGUGAUGCCGAGGUUUGAAGAGGGAGAGCCUUCGACAAUGGACAAUAGGGACAAAGAAGCUAAAAAAGCUUGGAAUGCACUGACAAAAUCCGUUGAAAGAAUGGAAUACGUCAGCCCAGAGUUAAGAGCAUUGGUACAAUCUUAUGCCCAUGUACAUGAAGGCAAUGUCCUUGAUAGCCUUCCUGGGUUUAAGGUCUCUAUGGUGAUAUUGGAGCCAUCUACAUUGCAGAAGAACCUACUUAAGGUAAUUCAUGAAAGGAGAAAGAACCAAUUUGAAUUCGAAUUUGGAGUCUCCAUGGUCUCUGUCCAUCCUUCACUGUUCCUUAAGAUUAAAUUUGAGGCACUGACAGCACCAACAACUGACAAGGACGAGUUAAAAAGACUGAGGCUGAAUUACCAUGCUGGUGUAAAGACCAAAUUUCUAGUAGAACUGAUUCGGCUUUGUGAAUCUAUAAAUGAGAAAGUACUGGUGUUCAGCCAAUACAUUUCGCCAUUGCGGUUAGUGAAGAAACAACUGGAAUCCCAUUUCAGCUGGAGUGAAAAGGCUGAGAUUUCCUAUAUCGAUGGGAAAAUGGAUUUUAAGCUGCGACAGUCCAUAAUCAACGUCUUCAACAAUCCUUCCAGCAAUGUGAGGGUAUUGCUUGCUUCACUUAGAACCUGUUCUGAAGGAAUCAACCUUGUUGGGGCUUCAAGGGUUGUUUUGCUUGACAUUCAUUGGAACCCUUCUGUUGAGUGGCAAGCAAUUUCACGUGCAUAUAGAAUUGGACAGAAGAAAAUUGUGUACAUAUACAGACUCUUUACACAUGGGACAAUGGAAAGGGAAAAGUACUCUCGCCAAGAUGAGAAGCACAAAAUGUCUAAACUUGUAUUUUCCAAAUCAAGCUGUCACAGUAAUCCUCCCAAAACCAAAGUCAGAGAAGAUAGAAUUUUGGAAGAGAUGGUCCAACAUGAAAAACUGAAGGAUAUGUUUGUGGAUAUCGUUUCUGAAAGAGAGAAGUAGUGAAUUUGGAGAAUGCAGCCAGUGGCAUUCCCAGAUAUCUGAUUCGAAAGCUUCUUAAGAUAUUGAUCUGUGAAACUUGGUCACACCAAUCCUUUUGACUUUUUGAGGGCUCAAGUGUUAGGUAAUCUAACUUUCAUACUUGGAUAUAGCCAUAAUAUAGGUAUCUCUUUUUUUGAGUAAAUACUACAGGAACUGUUUGCAAGAAAAUAAAAUGAAAAUAUUACAGCAAAUAUAAAAGUGAGAUUGAUACCACCCUAGAAUUGUAAAUUUCAGGUGGUUCUUAAGAUGCCAUUUUAUUCAUAUCUUUUGUUUAUGAACAGAAACAAUUGUUUUUUUGGAAAACUCUUUCAUUCUCAAAGAAAGUAAUGAGAAGUUACUUACAAUUGCUAG